AUGGAUACGAUACACGAAGAUACGCAGCAAGAAAUUAUAUUAGAUGUGAAGUUUAUCAAAGGUAGUGAACCAAUUCUGAUAGACGACGAAGAGAACAGGGGCAAGUACGACGGCUAUCCACCUGGAUACAACAAAGUGUUCGAGUACAUCUACCCACCGGUGGAAUGGAUGGAAGACGGCAUGAAGUGGCGACGGGUCGCUUCCACCGAGCCGGCGGACCGGAAUCAGGUGGCGGCCCUGGCACAAGACCUCAAGUCCAGCCUAUCGCACUGGCAUGCCAGAAUGCACGGAGUUUGUCUGGUCAGGAGGGAAUUGUACAAGCAGUGUUUCAAUGAACUGAUACGGCAAGUGUGCGUGAAUAGCAUUGAUCGAGGAGAAUUGUUAAUCAAAAUUCGAAACGAGUACAAUGCAAGCAUAAUGGCUCAUAAACGUUUAUUUGAAAGCGGUUUAAUAUUUAGAAUUAAACAUACUACAUUGGAUGAUAAUAAAGAUGACAUGACAGAAAAGGACAUACAAGAUAUAGAAGACCAACAUGUUAUAUUAAAAAAAAAAUUGGUCAAUGCAAACAUUAAGUACAACAGAUUAAAAAUCGAUUUGAAAAAAGAAUUGAAUAAUUUGAAAGAUGCUAACCAACAUGAGUUAAAUUUCUUCAAUAGAAACCAUAAAGCAUUAAAAGAUCAACUCGAAUUGAUACUUUCGAUGAAUACAUAAUUCAACUAAAAAACCACCAUCACAGUCGAUUCACUUGUGAUUGUUAGUUGUUUUACAAUAAUGAUACGUACAUAAUGAUACGUAUUUACAGUAUUAUAGAUAUUGAAAUCAUGGUAGAAUAAUAUUUUUAAGUUUCGUGAAUGAGUAAUUCAAAGGUAAAAAUCUAAGUACAGGCAAUACAGUAAUUAAUGUUUACACUGUAGUUACUAAACAUAUUUUACAAUUUAGUAGCGUAAUAUAGUAACAUCAGGAUCACUUCACCUAGCCUAUACUAUAUGUAGCCUGUACUUAUCUACCUACAUGUUAAACAUAAUCCAUAUAGCUCAAAUAACCAGAAACUUUUAUGACUUUGUGAAAUAAAGAAUUCUAAAAAUAUAUGAUUAUCUACAUCUUCUUUAAAUGGCAAUACAAGAAUAUGAUGGGCGUUUACAAAAAUAUUCACACAAAUGUCAAGACUGCUCAAUAAUGCAGUAGUUGUGCCUACUUUUAGAGUAGAUCAGGCUGCUCAGCUGAGUUUCGUUUCAAAGGACUUUUAAACAAUUUAUUCAUCUUGAAACCUAGUGAUUAGUAAGAAUUAUAGUGUUGAUUCUGAUAAAACACUCUUUUGUGCAUGUAGAACGAAUUGAAUUUAAUGCUUAACGAUAGUCAUUAAAGAAUAAACAAAACACUCAAC